AUGUCUCAUGCUAUAUCACGGGUUGAGGAGGAGCGUGUUUCUCCAGUCAGUCAUACCGAAACAAGAACAAGUGGGAUUCGAGCUGUUCUUCUUGGCCCACCUGGUUCUGGAAAAGGAACUCAGGCUCCUCUUCUUGCGGAAAAAUAUCAUUCAUGUCAUUUAUCAACUGGUGAUAUCUUGCGCGCUGAAAUGAUGUCCGGAUCACCACUGGGCAAGAAAAUUAAGGAGUGUAUGGAUUCCGGUAAUCUUGUAUCCGAUGAUAUGGUCUGUGAAUUAGUCGAUUCAAACUUAAACAAGAAUGAAUGCAAGAACGGGUUCAUUUUGGACGGUUUCCCGAGAACUGUUGUACAGGCUGAAAAGCUCGACACACUGUUAGGAAAGCGGAAACAGCCAUUGGACGCCGUAGUAGAGUUUAAAAUCGACGAUGAUAUUCUGGAACGCCGGAUCACCGGACGAUUAUUCCAUAUUAAAAGUGGUCGGAGUUACCAUACGAUCUUCAAUCCUCCAAAGGUGCCAAUGACCGACGACGUGACCGGUGAACCGCUGGUUCGUCGUAGUGAUGAUAACGUAGACGCGCUACGUAAACGUCUGUCCGUUUAUCAUUCAAUGACAACUCCAUUGAUCGGUUAUUAUCAAAAACGUGGUCUUCAUACCGUCGUAGAUGCAAGCAAGCCCGUAUCUGACGUGUCGCUAAAACUCGAUCAGAUUUUCGCCAAAAUAGCUUUAAGAGAGGUAUAG